GCUAUCCCGCAAUUGCUAUUGAUAUACUUCGUUUCGCUCUUAUACUUGGACAUUUGAGAUUUGACAACUGGUGAUCAAGAUGGCAGCCCCAAUUAUCCGGAGGGCGUGCAUGUACGUCCCCAGUUCUUCGAAGAAAAUGCUAGAGAAGUCCUUCGCGAUGCACGCCGAUAAUGUAACCUACGACCUCGAAGAUAGCGUUGCACCACACAUGAAGAGCGAAGCACGUUCCAACCUCCGCACUAUUCUAGAUAAACAGCGGCCUUCGGGCAUCAAGGAGAUGUGUGUACGGAUCAAUAGCGUAGACACCAGCCUGGCGCUCGGUGAUCUUACAGAGGUUUUGAAGGGCCAAUACCUAGACGCCAUCAUGCUACCCAAGACUGAGAGCGCGGCAGAUCUGCAUUUUGUUACAGAUGUAAUUCGGCAUCUGGCGCCAGAACGCCAUCCAAGCUCGGGGCAAGGAAGCAGAGAGCCCGUGCGGAUUAUCGCGUUGAUUGAGAGUGCGAAGGCGAUCCAGAACCUCGGUGAAAUAUGCAAAGCGAGUCCGUACUUGAGCGGCCUCGUCUUUGCGGCUGAGGACUUUGCAAAGGACAUGAGCUUGACGCGGACGCCCUCCUUGAUUGAGUUUCUAUAUGCAAGAUCUGCCAUCGCGACAGCAGCCCGCGCCGCUCUUCUUCCUUCAACCAUCGAUCUCGUCUGUACAUCCUACAAAGGUGAUGAUGGCCUCAAAACGCUCGAAGAAGAAUGCCUAAACGGCAAGGGCAUGGGUUUCAAUGGCAAACAGUGCAUACAUCCAAGUCAGAUCGCGGUGUGUCAUAAAUCGUUUAGCCCAAGGGAGAAGGAGGUUGAGUGGGCGGCGAGAGUAGUCAUGGCAGAUCAAAAAGCUAGUAAGGCAGGACGAGGGGCGUGGACACUAGACGGAAAGAUGAUUGAUGUGCCUGUUGUCAAGAAGGCGCAUGCGGUACUGAAGCAUGCGGAGGUUUGUGAAAUUGAUGUCGAGGCUAUUAGGCAGAGGUGGCAGCAGCAGGAGCCAGAGUAGAUAUCCCCGAGGAUCGUUGUAACACUACAGGCUUCCUUUAACUCGAGUGAAGCGUAUCUACAAGGUAAUCAUAACACUCGCGUUCUUAUACCAGCUCAAUAGCGGAUUAUCCCCAUUCUUUGUACUCGUCUCUGCGAUAUUCGCUCUACCGGCCAUGAAGUCUUCAUGUAGGUAUGUGCGCGCGAAGCGUCCUGUUAUCGCUGUAUACAUGGGCUCCAUAACUUCAAAGUCUGUGGGGAAAAGGAUGUCGAAGUAGCCUUGGUGGACCUAAGGCGUAGUAACAGGAAUCAUCUGCCUUUUAUACCUCGUCUGUACAACUGGCGCAUUCAACCCUUCCACUGUCUCCCCC